CGUACAACGAGCUGCCUACCAACACCAUUUACCGACCUCCGCCUCGAGCUACCAUUCCCCCAUCCGACUCGCCCACCCGCCGCUGCACCCCACCGCACUCGAGUUCCCGGGGACAAGCUUCCAGCUCGGGUUCCAUCGACAUCCAUCUCAGACUCUGACCGCAGCCAUGUCAUCGCCCUUCAGCAUAAACGGCGGCGCCUGCGUCGCCAUGGUCGGCAAAGACUGCGUGGCCAUCGCCUGCGACCUGCGCCUGGGCAUGCAGGCGCUGACGGUGUCCAACAACUUCCCCAAGAUCUUCAGCUACGGCGACGUGUACCUGGGCCUGACGGGCCUGGCCACGGACGUCAGCACCGUCUCGGACCUCUUCCGCUACAAGGUCAACAUGUACCGCCUGCGCGAGGAGCGCCAGAUCAGCCCCCAGACCAUGGCCAACCUCGUCUCGAGCACGCUUUAUGAGCGCCGCUUCGGCCCUUACUUCGUCUCCCCCGUCAUCGCCGGCAUCAACCACACCACCGGCAAGCCCUUCAUCUGCGGCUUCGACAGCAUCGGCUGCAUUGACUUCGCCAAGGACUUCAUCGUCAGCGGUACGGCGAGCGAUCAGCUAUUCGGAACGUGCGAGGGCUUGUGGGAGCCUGACUUGGGCCCCGAGGAUCUCUUCGAGACCGUCUCGCAAGCGCUGCUCAACGCCGUCGACAGAGACGCGUUAUCCGGCUGGGGCGCGCACGUCUACAUCAUCGAGAAGGACAAGGUGACCAAGAGGCUGUUGAAGGGCAGGCAGGACUAAGCGGCGGCGGCGUGCUGCUUGUUGUGGAUUCUUACCUAGACGCAGUAGUAGGGGUCGAGUUACAUACUAUCCAGGCCGGGCUGAUAACGAAGAGCCAUCUUGGGUUAUUGUGGGGAAGAGGUGCACGCAGCGCCGUGCUCUCACGGCCAGAGAGCAAGGCGAACUGAUGAUGAAUGUUCAAUUAGACAUUUUCGCUGGCAUGAGACGCGCUUACGGCAUAAUACGUAGAAGCAUGCAGUCUGAUCGUACUGAAUCGAACUAUCUGACUG